AUGGCUCCGAGGAGACCCAGUGAGCAGUCUGCGUCCCCGCCCAGGACCCAGGAGGAUGCAGCCUUCAACAUUAUCAUCCUGUGUCUCACCGAGGCACUUGGCCUGGGCGGGCUGCUGAGGAGCGGGGCGGUCCUGGGCCUGCUAGUGUACUGGAACCCCUCUGCCAUCUACCAUCUGGGUGUGGCCUCUGCAGACCUCGUCUUCCUGGGCUGCCAUAUGGUGGCCAUCGUCCCCACGCUGCAGGGCCACCUGGCCAUCCCCAGCUUCAUGCAGGCCAUCCUGGGCUCCUUGCAGUGGUCCUGCUACCUGGUGAGCCUGGGUCUUCUGGCGGCCUUCAGCAUGGAGCAUGACCUCUUCCAGGCUUGGUACCCCUGCUGCCACCCGCAGCUCCUGAGCACCCGCGUGUGCACGCUGAUCGGGGCCUCAACCUGGCUGCUCAGUGGCACCUGCACGCAGCUCCCCGAAGCCCACCUGUGCCUGGCACGGUGGCUGGCCACAGCCAAGCUGUUCGGCGUCUUGUGUGUGGCCGCCAGUGGGUGCAGCCUGGUGCUGCUUCUGCGGCGGGAGCGCGGUGACCAGCGGCCCCAGCCCUGCCAGUUCCCUGCCCUCGUCCUGCUCUCGGUCCUCCUCUCCCUCUUCUGCGGCCUGCCCUUAGGGGUCUACUGCCUGUCCCAGAACCUGCGCUGGCACAUCCCCCACUUCUACCACCUCAGCCUCCUCGCAGCUGCCGUGGACAGGGCCGCCAAGCCUGUGAUCUACUUCUCCCUCCCCUACAAGGCCCUACCUUCAUCCUCACAGCUGCAGGCACAUCGCUCUAGAAAACCCAGGGGGAUCCCACUUCGCUUCCCCAUGUCCCCUCUGCAGAGGCUAAAACCACCCUAA